GGGUGCAUUAUUACACGUGAUAGAGACAACUCCAACAUUCUAACUCUCGGAUCACAAAAGACUGGAUCUGGAUCAUGGUACCUUGUGGAGACAAAUUAUGACCACUGGAAGAAUCCACCAUUUUUUGAUGAUCGUAGAACACCAGCUAAUCGCUGCAUGAUUGAGAGUGGACAAAAGAAUGCAUCACUGAGUCUCAUUUAUAAUGUACUUUCAACAAAACCAGUUCUGAAUAAGGAAACUGUGUAUACGUCUGUAAUGGAUGUCAGAUCAGGUCAGCUCCAGGGAUGGAUCCGCCAGUGCCCUGACCCUUGUUGGCCUUGGUGAAGAUCUUUAGUGCAGUAUACUGAAGUUGGAUAAUUCUUAUAUUAUCAUUACAUGCAGUAAUUUAUGAUGUCAUUGUUCCAAGAUUUUCUUUAGUUAGCCCAUAAAGUUCUGUAUAUGAUUUUCAUUUGUUUCAAAUAUACUUUCAUAUGAUAAAUUUAGCUCAUUGGAAUUAGUGUACUAUUCAGUAUUAUCCUUUUUAUUUUGCUUAUUGUCAUAUAUCAGUCAGCAGCAUAAUGAAACAAUAUCAAAUGGGCCAUUAUGCUCAUAUUGUUUACAUUUGUGUUGUAUAGUAUCUUAAACAGUUAUUAUGUAUGCUAGUAGUACUUUAUUUGAUAAUAUUUGACGUUAGAAUUAGAGAACAGGUAAAAAGCAACAUCAACACCUUAUACCCAUUGUUGGUUUUCCAACACACUGUUCCCUAAGCUGCUUCCCUAUACACAUACAUUAGUUUAUUAUUAACUUAUCCACUUCUUGCAGAAAGCAAAACCAAAAAUAUGACUGUAGGAGCGUGAAAUCUUGAUGUAACAGCAGCUGGAUAAACACUGAAAAGACACUUGAGUUAAGUGAGCAUAAGAAAACCAAUGUUUUCUUCAGUAGUGAACAUGGUUUUUUCCAUGUUCUCUGAUUCACUUUUAAAUGCACGCUGUCUUAGAAAUAUAGGUUUCACCUGAUUAUGCACUGUUGACUUGAUUUUCAACAAUAGACAAUAUUAGAAAGAGUUUUUCAUUGUGCAUUUCUCUGGUAAUGUUUACAAAACAAAACAAAAUUUUUUCUGUAGAUGCAGUAACACCUUACCAGUUUUCCAGAACUCUGAAGCUCAGUUAAUUUGUCAGAAGCUCAGAAAGUAUAGUAAAUGAGACUCACUACAAAUUGUAAUUGUCACUUAACCAUCUAUUAACCCUUUGGGGGUCGACAGGCCCUCUCCGAGACUCGUUCUCAGGGUCGGCCAAAUUUAAAAAAAAAGAACAAAAAAUUUGUUAUGAAAAGAUAGAGAAUCUUUUCCCGAUCAUAAUGACACCAAAAAUAUGAAAUUUGAUGGAAAACUAACGGAAUUAUGCUCUCGCGAAGUUAGCGGUCUCAGCGAUGUUUACGCAUCGGCGAUUUUGCCCACUUUGAGCCCCAUUUUCGGCCAGUUCCACUGUACUAGUCGACAAAAAGCAUGAAUAUUUCACUAGAACUCCAUUUUUUCUAUUGAAUGAGUGCAAGAAACCACCCAUUUACCAAUUUCAACUAUCCAGUACGGUGGUCGGAAUUUAGAAAUUUUGCCAAUUUCACACAAAUUUCAAAAGAUGCCAAUUUCCGAAUAGGGUCCAAAACAAACAAGAAAUACAUUCCUGGCACUAAAAUGACAUUUCCUCUGUUCAUUAUUCACGUCUCAAGGCCCCUCUUACAUUCUUUUGCUUUCCACUUUGAAUUUUUAUUCUCACAAAAAAUAGAAGAUUUACUGUUAUGCAGACUACUGCAUUAGUGUAAAAAAUGGUAUGAAUCAUAUUGGCGCACUUGCAAAAGAAUAUUAGACUCACCAGUUGACGUGUAUUGGACGCUUGGCAUGAUAUGUUUACUUUUGAACUUUGGUAAAAAUCGAACAUUUCUGCUACUUUGAGCUCAAUUUCAAGGCACUUUUCAUUGUAAAACCAGUCAAAAUCAUCUCAAUUUCUGUGAUAUGCCUUCCAUUCUAUAAAAUGAGACCAAGAAAACUAGAAUACAACAAUAAAUACUAUACGAAAAUACAGUGCAAAGUCGCUGUUUUAUUCCAAAAAAAAAUGGUCAAAGUUUUUUUUUCUCAUGCACUGUGUGCUGCAGGAUUUUUUUUAUACCAUGCACACUGACCACAUAGACCCAUUCUUUCAUAUGGAGGCCUACCCGCUUUCUCCCACUAGAUUUGAGGGCGCUAGAAUUUAGGCGUACUAGUACGUCAAAAACCCUGAGUCGUAAGCCGUACUAGUAUGGCCGAAACCCUCAAAGGGUUAAUAUAGGUGCUGUAGAGUACUUCAUUACAUUCAGGUUAUAAUAAAUGUUGUAGUGUACUCAGUUGUGCUUGCAUAAAUUGUAGCAAAGAUGUUACUCCUUUCAAAUAGUAUUAUUAUUUUUCAAAUUCUCAUAUGAUAUUAUUCUGAUUUCAAGUGCAGUAUUCAGAUUUUGAGUGGUUUCUGUGAUAUAAUUAUAGAUAUAGGCACUCUACUUAGAAAUAGACACCGUAUGGUAAUUGGACUUGUGCUCCUCUACCUAAGAUCAAACCUGACCAUCUCAUUCCUAAGCACUAUAUAAAUCCUGUGAGUCAUAUGGUACUUCCUUAUAAAUAUAACAAUAAUAAUAAUAAUAUGCUUUUAAUGAACCAGCUGUCUCCCACUGAACUUAGUGAUCACCAUCUUUUUGAAAUGACAUUAUUCACACUAGUGAGGUACAUACACUAUACACAAAUAACCCGCACAUAAAAGAGAGAAGCUUACGACGACGUUUCGGUCCGACUUGGACCAUUUACACUCAUACACUCAGGUAUAUACAUGACCUUCAUCCUCUCUACCAUAUUUGCUGAAGAUGGUUGAACUCGGAGACAAAAAUAUUCUGCACUCAUUUCACCUUAUGUUUUUGUUUAUUUCUAUCUCCAUGUAGGUUUUUGUGUUAUUUUGGAGUGGAUAAAUAUGCUUAAGCAGUAUGGGGUGACAUACAUUAGUGUUUUUGUCUUUUAUAUAUACUUGUAUGAAGAUAUUCACAAGUUGGAAAAUUAAUUAUUGUGUGUAAAAAUUUUUGAGUCUAAA